UGCUGCGCUUUGCUGGAUUUACGGACGCAGAUACUUCCGGAACAGUGACUGUACAUAUAUCGACAGAGAAACAAACAAUAUCGGCCGGGAACUGCUCGCAAGAUGUUUUCCUUUAACAUGUUUGACCACCCAAUACCGCGGGUUUUCCAGAACCGCUUCUCCACGCAAUACCGCUGCUAUUCUGUGUCUAUGCUGGCCGGCCCUAAUGACCGCUCGGAUGUUGAGAAAGGAGGAAAGAUCAUCAUGCCUCCAUCUGCUUUGGAUCAACUCAGCCGAUUGAACAUCACAUACCCAAUGCUUUUCAAACUCACCAAUAAAAAUUCAGAUCGUAUGACGCACUGCGGAGUUCUUGAGUUUGUUGCAGAUGAAGGGAUAUGCUACCUGCCACACUGGAUGAUGCAAAACUUACUGCUGGAAGAAGGUGGACUUGUACAAGUAGAAAGUGUCAACUUGCAAGUGGCCACAUACUCCAAAUUCCAGCCACAGAGUCCUGACUUCCUGGACAUCACCAAUCCGAAAGCAGUAUUAGAGAAUGCAUUGAGGAACUUUGCCUGUCUCACAACCGGGGAUGUCAUUGCUAUUAACUAUAAUGAAAAGAUUUAUGAGUUGCGAGUCAUGGAGACCAAACCUGACAAAGCGGUGUCUAUUAUUGAGUGCGACAUGAACGUGGAUUUUGAUGCCCCAUUGGGUUAUAAGGAGCCAGAAAGAAGCACGCAGCAGGAAGAACCAACUGACAUUGAACCAGAUCACAGUGACUAUGUAGCAGAUGUGGGGUUUAGGGCCUUCACUGGUUCUGGGAAUAGACUGGAUGGAAAGAAGAAAGGAAUUGAUCCUAGUCCUUCUCCACUAAAACCAGGAGACAUACGAAGAGGAAUUCCAAACUAUGAAUUUAAGAUUGGAACAAUCACUUUUAUAAGAAAUUCUCGCCCACAAGCAAAGAAAGUAGAAGAAGAUGAAGCCGUCAACAGAUUUAUUGCUUUCUCUGGAGAAGGGCAGUCACUGAGAAAGAAAGGCAGAAAACCUUAGGUUACUGUAUGGACAGAAAAAUAAAAUAAGCUUGCAGCAUGUGUCUUUUAUGUCUUCAUCUGAGCAAUAAGAGAACAUUGUGAGCAACCCUUAUUGAAGAAGAGUGUAUACUGUGCAGUUGGGAAAUGUCAGUUUAUGACCCUGAGAAUCUGGAGUAGGAGCUCUCAUCCUUGUGUGUGAAAUGUUCUACUGAUGUGAUAAGUAAAAGAUAAUGCCAAGUGUGAAUACAUCUCUUAUAUUUGGCAGUACACCAGCUUUUCUUGUUCUGAGUAAUUACUACCACACUGCCCGUGGGAGGAAAAAACAGAAAAUGUUUAUUCUAUAUAACAUUUACAGUAUACAGGGCUAUUAGUCAUUGUUGUUUCUUUCAACGCGGAACUCAUGAAGAACCAAAUUCAAUUUAAUGAGAUUUGAAUUAUUAUUUGUAAUUGGCAAUGCUUUAUAAACAUAAGAUGGCAGUAAUUAAGAUAUUACUGAAUGAUGUCUGAGAAAUGCCACACUUUUUUCCCCAGUAGUAAAACAGUGCAUUUGUACAAUAAACCAAACAAAAUUCCACAAAA